UUUAAUGUAGAAGCGGUAGAAGCAUCACUUCGAUCGGGAAAUUACAAACGUUCUCUUUCAUUUUUCAGCGCAGCCGUGUGCGGGAGCGAGGACGAAACUUGAACCAUGUGCGGGAUCUUUGCCUACCUGAAUUACCGAGUGCCUCGCACCAGAAAGGAGAUAUUUGAGACGCUGGUGAAGGGACUGCAGAGACUGGAGUACAGAGGGUACGAUUCAGCAGGUAUUGCUGUGGAUGGCCCUAGCAAGACAACAAGUGACCAAAACAAUAACAGCAUCUGUUUAAUCAAGAAGACAGGGAAGGUCAAGGCUCUGGACGAGGAGCUUUACAAGAAAGACUCGCUGAACCUUGAUGAAGAACUAUGCACACACUUUGGCAUCGCUCACACCCGAUGGGCCACCCACGGAGAGCCGAGCGCUCUCAACAGCCAUCCUCAGCGCUCUGAUAAGGAUAAUGAGUUUGUCGUCAUCCAUAACGGCAUCAUUACCAACUACAAAGAGCUGAAGAAGUACCUGAUCAACAAAGGUUACGAGUUUGAGUCAGAGACAGACACAGAGGUGAUCCCGAAGCUGCUCAAAUAUGUUUAUGACAACAGAGAGAAUGACAGCAUCACUUUCUCCAAGCUAGUAGAGAGGGUGAUUAAACAGUUGGAGGGGGCCUUUGCCCUCGUGUUUAAAAGCCGUCAUUUCCCCGGAGAGGCCGUGGCAACCAGGAGAGGAAGUCCUAUGGUCAUCGGUGUGCGAAGUGAGCAUGAGCUGCUGACUGAGCACAUCCCCGUGCAGUACAACAGUGCUCAACACAAGGAGGAAGUCCAUGAGAAGAACAGUCGCAACCGAGCUGACAGCUCUAGUGCCAUCAACUCUGUGGGGGAUGGCAGGGCUGUGGAGUUCUAUUUUGCUUCUGACGCUAGUGCCAUCAUUGAGCACACCAACAAGGUGUUGUACAUGGAGGAUGAUGACAUAGCAGUAGUGACCGGAGGCAAACUCUCCAUCCACAGAAUGAACCGGCAGGCCGGUGAAGACCCAGUCAGAGCUAUCAUGACCCUACAGAUGGAGCUGCAGCAGAUCAUGAAAGGAAACUUUGAUGCCUUCAUGCAGAAGGAGAUCUUUGAGCAGCCGGAGUCUGUAGUCAACACGAUGAGGGGCCGCAUUUGUUUUGACACCAAAAAAGUUGUUCUCGGAGGGCUGAAGGACCACCUGAAAGAAAUAAAGCGUUGCAGACGGCUAAUCAUGAUCGGCUGUGGCACGAGUUUCCACGCUGCGGUGGCUACCAGACAGAUCCUCGAGGAGCUGACGGAAUUGCCUGUCAUGGUGGAGCUGGCCAGCGACUUCCUGGACCGUAUCACACCUGUUUUCAGAGAUGAUGUUUGCUUCUUUAUCAGCCAGUCAGGAGAGACAGCAGACACUUUGAUGGCACUGCGCUACUGCAAAGACCGGGGAGCUCUGACAGUUGGUGUAACGAACACUGUUGGCAGCUCUAUCUGCAGAGAAACCGACUGUGGAGUCCACAUAAAUGCUGGGCCUGAGAUAGGAGUGGCUAGCACAAAGGCUUACACCAGUCAGUUUGUCUCACUCAUUAUGUUUGGCUUGAUGAUGAGUGAGGACAGACUGUCCCUACAGAAGAGAAGAGAGGAGAUCAUCAACAGUCUCAAGAUGCUACCUGAACUGAUAAAGAAGGUGUUGUCCCUGGACGAGAAGAUCAAGGCCAUUGCCAAUGAACUGUAUCAGCAAAGGUCUCUUUUGGUUAUGGGCCGAGGUUUCAACUAUGCCACCUGCCUGGAGGGGGCACUGAAAAUUAAGGAGAUCACUUACAUGCACUCGGAGGGCAUCCUAGCUGGGGAGCUGAAGCACGGUCCUCUUGCACUCGUUGACAAACACAUGCCAGUCAUCAUGAUCAUCAUGAGGGACGCCUGCUACACAAAAUGCCAGAAUGCUCUGCAGCAAGUCACCGCCAGAUCGGGUCGGCCCAUCAUCAUCUGUUGCCAGGAUGACACUGAGUUGACUAAGAAUGCCUACCAGACCAUCGAACUGCCGCAAACUGUGGACUGCCUGCAGGGUAUCCUCAGCGUCAUCCCUUUGCAGCUUAUGUCAUUUCACUUGGCUGUCCUCCGAGGAUAUGAUGUUGACUUUCCCAGAAACCUGGCCAAGUCUGUGACAGUGGAAUAAUUACAGUUCACAAAGCCCUGGAGAGGAGAGACAGCUCUUUAGGAGAUUAACAGUGCAAUAGUGCAAUCAAACAUUAAGUGUGUGUGUGUGUGUGUGUGUGUGUGUGUGUGUGUGUGUGUGUGUGUGUGUGUGUGU